AGGGGGCGGGCGGGCCUUUUCCAACAGCCAACAUCGUCUUGUUUUCUCUUGGGUGUCCAAAAGGAUUUGUAUUUUUUGGUGUUGCUACAAAGGUUUUCAACUGUGAUACCUAUUUUUGCCAAGUAGCUACAGAUAGAUUCACAUUCUAACUUUUUUUCUAGUUUACUUGCAUUUAGCAAUGAAGUAAACUUAGCCAGAACAGAGUACAUUUUUUGACCAGUUUACCUGCCUAUUUUUUAUAUUGACAGUAGAAUACUGUGUCUUAUCCCCAACUGACGUGGUGUCCAGACAUGUGUCUGUCUUACAGGCUGAUCCAGUUCUCAGGUUUUGAUUCCACGGACCUGUUUCACCCACGCAGCAAUCAGAAUCCAACGGCCAUGUGUUGUCUAUAGUAGCGUUGGCAUGGCAGUUUCACACUGACCUGUCAAAGAGCCGGUCAGGUCAUUUGUCGAAGGCAGGUUAGACUGGAAGUAAUCUCUGUAUGGCUGGUUUUCAACAUUUGCACCAAACUUCCACUGAAGCAGUACAUAUAAAUUAUAUGUAUGGGUGGAAACUGACACAGUGUAUGGCAUAGUGUCACCACUUAUAAAGGAAGUUUGACUGCCUUGAGAUUAUCUGUAGUUUUUUUGCCUGGUUGUAGUUCCUUUUGAAAAUAUUCUGAGUGGGAUCAGUGUUAACUUAGUCAAGGGGUUUUAACAUCAUGUUUCUGUUCUCAAACAUGUUAUUUGUCUUCACGAGCUCUAUGUUUCUCGAAGACAUAGAUGAUCUCAUCACCCUGUGUUUGCCUGAUUCACAUCCUGGCCAUUUUGUUUUUCCAUGAUACCCUCCCAUUGGCUAAUCUCAUUUGUCCAUUACCCUAGACAACCCUAUGACACAUAAUCUGUUCCGUAGUUCACAGAGUUCACUCAGUCUAAGUAGUGAGUAAUAGAUUUCCACCUGUCUUUCAAAGGAGUCUUGUAAUGCCACCAAGUGAAAUGGAAUUGCAGGUGAAUAGAAUUGGUGGCUUUAUGGGGGUUAGUUGUAGCUAAUGACUUGAAGCCAUUUACUGUAAGUGGGAUAUGGUUGCUUUUAUGCAGCUAAACCUCUUAACAUGAUGGUUAAAAUACUUAUAUUUAUUAUUCACAAAAUUCCGUGAGUUUUGCAUCAUUUUAGCACAUUAACAGGGUCCUGACUACUAAAACUAGCUGUUGCAUGCCACUGCAAAUGCUGUUCCUACUUAUUUCUUUCGGAUCUAACAAUCUGAAAGUGGCAGCUGCAUUCUAGAUGAUUGUGAUACAUCUGUAUGCCUGCAUGUUUCCCACCUUACAAGGCAUGUGUCAUUGUCUCAAUCAUCAUUAGGUGUAAUCUCGAUACUGUUAAGGGUGUAGUGUGGUAAGAUGGUCUUGGCGGGGUCAUCUGUAAAUUUUUUCCCCAUCUGUGUCUUCAUGCUUUAUCUGUGACGUACAGCACUCCCAUGGAUACCCCAGAGAGAAAUGGACAAAGUUAAACAUGACAGAAGAAAAUGUAUAUCUCACUUAAUUACUGUUACCUAAAAAUGUUUAGCUGUUGUCUUUGUAUACCAGAGUCAGUGAUUAAUCUGAAAUGCUGCCGGUCAUAUCCACAAAUGGUAGCCUCCAGAAAAUCAGUGACCAGUUACAGUGUUGGUAGUUGUCCAGAGGUGACCAACCACAAAUGGAGAAGACUAUGAUUAUGUAUAUAAAAAUAGAAGUCUUCAUGAUUUUUUUUAAAGCCCUGAUGAGGAGUUGGCACUAAAAGAGAGUAAAUAUUGCAGAUUAUUCACCUUCAGUAUAAAGUUAUGGUUAAAGGCAUGUCAUGACUUAAAAGAUGGGAAUGAGUGUGAGGAGGAUUUGUGUGGAGAAGAUGCUAUGUUUGUUUCUAUGCUGUUUUUGCCUUUUAGGAACUACAUGAAUGACAGCCUGAGGACAAACGUGUUUGUGAGGUUCCAAGCUGAGACUAUCGCCUGUGCCUGUAUAUACCUCGCUGCCAGAGCUCUGCAGAUACCGCUGCCAUCUAGACCUCAUUGGUACCUGCUGUUUGGAGCCAGUGAAGAACAGAUUAAAGAGAUCUGCAUCACCACCCUGAAACUGUACACAAGGAAGAAGCCUAACUAUGACCAGGUGGAGAAGGAGGUGGAGCGAAGGAAGGUUUUCUUGGCAGAGGCUAAACUGAAAGCCAAGGGCCUGAACCCUGACGGUACCCCUGCACUUUCCACACUUGGUGGCUUCUCUCCUGCUUCCAAGCCCUCCUCCCCAAAUGUGGUCAAGGUCGAGGAGAAAUCGCCGAAUCCCCAGACACUCAAACCAGUUAAGAAGGAGCCAGACAACCGGACUCAGCUGAACAAAAGCCCACACAACGGGCUAAGGAAGGAAGUAAAGAUUGGGAGAAACAGUAGGAGUGGAAGUCGUUCUCAUUCAAGAACACGUUCCCGGUCUAGAUCCCGUUCCCCUCGCAGACAUUACAACAGCAGACGAAGUCGCUCAGGGACCUACAGUUCUCGUUCACGUUCUCGCUCUCACAGCCGCAGUCCAUCGCCUCGGCGACAUCAGCCCUCACCCCUCCUACCCCACCUCAAGUCCAAGUCCAGCCACCAUGGCAAUAGUGAUUCCAAGCCCAGCGGUCGUCACAGCAACAGCGGAGGUGGAGGAUCUGGUCACAAGAGGAAGCGGUCGCGCUCUCGGUCGCGGUCCCGCACUCCAGUCAAAGUAGACAGGGACCGUGACAGAGAGAGGGAGCGGGAGAGAGACAGAGACCGAAGCUCCUUUGACCCGUCAUCCAAGAAACACAAACAUGAGCGAGGAGGUGGCCAUCGAGGAGACAGGAGGGAGAGGGAGAGGUCUCGCUCCUAUGACAGGGACAGAGAGAGGGAGCGUAGCCACAAGAGCAAACAUCACAGCAGUAGUGGGCACUCAGGACAUGGCCGACAUCGACGCUGAGACACAACAACAGACUAGCUCUGAGGCUGAUGGUCACAGAAGUAUUUUGAGUAUAUGCAAAACAAGAUCAGCUUGGACAUGUUCUCUAAGUAGCGUUUGCUGACAUGGUCUGUUCAUUUAACGCCAGAUGGAGUAAAUUCAGCAGAAACAAUUUGCUAUGGAAGUUAACCAAAUAUCUGCUCUCUGUACUCCGUCAGAUGGCAUUGUUGACAUGUCUCUUGUGGGACACAAAGAACUUGCAAAAAUGUCAACACAUUAAGCACUCUGACUGUGGCCAAAUGCUGAGAAUGACUGAGAACUUGUCAAGUUGGAUUGGAUUUUUGGUAUAUUCCAAGCCUUAUUCCUCCAAAAUUUUGUUUCUGGGUUUCUCAUAUGCAUCCCAAAACUGACUGUUCAAAUUCUAUAAUUAACCUGGUUCUUCAUUUCCUUUAUUUUUGUUGAUGUGAGUCAAAGAAAACAUUGAGUACCAUUAUUAUUUUUGUCUCAGUGGCAACAUUGUUGCUUUGAAUCGCUUCUGUGCAGCAGCUCACCUGUAGAGGUGGUUGAUAUUCUGCAGCUGUAACUACCAGCAUGAAGUGUUCUGUUAGUGGGUUUGUGUAAUGGAGCCUCUUUUCACCUAAUCAGAUAAAAUCUGUAGGUAAGGACAGGCAUCAGUGCAGUGUGACAUCAGCCUCAGGCCUGUCGUCUUGUUUUCCCAUGAUUCCUCCCUACCACACACACACACACCUACAAGCAACCAUCUAGCCUACCCUUGUGUUCUUAGUUUUACAUGUAAAGUUAUGGACUUUUGGGGGAAAAGGAACUUAUUUACAGUGUAAAGUUGGAUUGAUACCCACUGACAAAAUGUGAAUGCUUUGAUUUAUAAAAGCGAACAGCUCAGUGAAAGGAUUGAAUGAAUAAAUGUAAAAUAAAAAUGUCAUUCAGGAAAGAUCAAUAUGUUUGCACAGUAGGGGACUGACAGGCGAGUGGUUUUUGUUUCUUUUCUUUUAUUGAACACAUGUAUGUUGCAAAAGCUGUAUUUUGUACAGUUGCAAAAAAGCAAACUGGUUAUAUACUUUACUUUUUUCUCCCCCCUCCUUUAUUUUUCCAGCAGGGAACGCAGACUUGGUUAAAAAAUUUUUAGGUUUGUCAAUUUGUUACACUGGUUUUUAGUCUGCACGUGUUCAUGUCCAACUUUUAUUCAAUAAUAAAUGAGUUAUGCCACUGAA